CUGACCAAUAGGGAUGCAGUGCCUCUACUAGACCGGAAGCACAUGCUGGCGCGCUGCUGUUCGCCUUCGUUUGUUACUUUUAUCUUUGUCAUGAAGUUAGAAAGCUUAAUAAAUAUCCGCGCGUCUGUUUUUUGAUCACUUUUUGGUGGGGGGGAAAAUAACUCCCCGUUCAAUGGCAGCGCUCGUCUCCUCUACGGAGCAGGAGUCUGACAGGUGCGGGAGUGAGGAGGAGAACCGCGGAGUGGAAGCGGGGGACGGGGGCCAGCAGCAGCAGACGGGUCCCGCCGCACCCGGCGGCAGCCGCCUGUCCAAACUCCCGCUGGCUCGCAUCAAAGCCCUGAUGAAAACCGACCCAGACGUGUCCCUCGCCAGCCAAGAGUCUGUGUUUAUCAUCGCCAAAGCCACGGAGUUGUUCGUUGAGAUGAUCGCCAAAGAUGCUCUGGUUUACGCCCAGCAAGGGAAGAGGAAAACUCUGCAGAGGAAGGACCUGGACAACGCAAUAGAGGCCGUAGACGAGUUUGCAUUUCUUGAAGGCACGCUGGACUAGAGACGACCGGCUUGACGGGCGGCGCGAGCGAGCGAGCGACUUCCUCCGGUCCGUUUGUGCAGAGACAAAAAGCUCUUCUGCUUAAGGACUCGUACAUAUGUACACUGUUGUGUAAAUAUUUUUGCUAAAUUCACUGAAAUAAAUGCGUUUGAAACUA